AGAGAGAGAGAGAGAGAGAGAGAGAGAGAGAGAGAGAGAGAGAGAUGGAGAUGGAAAAGAACUUGCAAUGAUAUCCGGAAUGGCUUUGUUGGUUCUACAGGUCCUUCUGGAGGGCAUUAUCAAUAACACAAAUGGAUCAGUUUUCAUGGACCCCUCAACCCACAAAGCUAAAGUAGUAGGCAGUGCAACGGAGUCCGCAAUUCUGAAGUGGGGCUUAAGGAUAACGGAAGCGGCGUCAUCGGAACGAACCAAGAGUGGAACUUUCUUAACGGAUAUGAAAGCGACAAUUCUGAAAGUCGAGACUUUUAGUUCCGCGAAAAAGCGCGCCGGAGUUGUUGCACAGUCCCGACUCACUUACCGAGCCUUUGCCAUGGACAACAACACAGAACGAGAGAAACUUCUUCGAGGCACCAGUUCUGUCCACCACUCCUGGACCUCCUCCUCCGCCUCCUCCUCCUUCUCCUCCUCCUCUUCUACUCCCUCCUCUUCUACUUCCUCCUUGAAGUUCAAGUUCUGCUAUUGGAGGAGCAUCUGCCUGUCUUUCCUCUUUCCCGCGCUUGGAGGUCUUUUGUACGGCUAUGACAUCGGUGCCACGUCGGCUGCCUCGCUGUCCUUGACAAGUCCGAAGCUAAGCCGCAUUCACUGGUCCAAUCUUGACCCGUUAACGACUAGUCUUGUCGUUAGCGGGUCGCUGAUUGGUGCCGUGAUUGGCUCGUCGCUCGCCUUUCUCAUCGGUGAUUGGAUUGGUCGGCGGCGGGAACUCAUCCUCUCAUCUAUCUUCUACUUCGUUGGAGCUCUCGGUGUCCGGUUCGCGCCGGAUCUGCUGACACUUGUCACUUCCCGCGUCACUUACGGACUGGGCGUCGGGCUCGCGAUGCAUGCCGCCCCGAUCUACAUAUCGGAGACCGUCCCGGCUUACAUACGUGGCACGCUUAUCUCGGUCAAGGAGGCCGCGAUCGUGGUCGGGAUGUUGAUGGGUUACGUGGUAGGCUAUAGCAAAAUCGACGAGAUAGGUGGAUGGAGGGUGAUCUAUGGCUUGGCGGCGCCCAUAGCUGCAGCUAUGGGAAUGGGCAUGAUGGCGGUCCUACCGGAGUCUCCGAGGUGGAUUCUGCUGCGCGCCGCUAAGGAGGGGCUUCUUUGCAAAGAUGCCCUUCAAGAUGAGAAUUUGCUUUGCCCAGAUACCCUUGAAGAUGAGAAGCAGCUUUGCGAAAAUGCCCUUGAAGAUGAGAAGCUGCUUUGCGAGGAUGCCCUCCAAGCUGAGACGAAGAGAAGGAGACUGAUUGCCGUCCACGAGCAGGCGAAGGCGUCACUGGUCUCUCUCAGGGGCGGCCGCUCCGCAGCAAACCCCGAGGAAAUCGCGACCGAGAUGUCCGAAAUGCUGUUCAACAUCGAAAAAAUGACAAGAAUCUGUGUAAAGGAAGCAGCAGCAGCAACAGGAGGGGCACGAGGAGGAGGAGGAGGAGGAGGAGAAGGAGGAGGAGGAGGGUCCAAAAUGGUGCCCAACGUCCGCAAAAUGACUGGAAACUGUAUAGAAGCCGGAGCAGCAGGAGAAGUAGGAGGAGGAGGAGGAGGAGGAGGAGGAGGUUAUGUAGACGUGAAGCAACAUCGAGGUGUCGAUUGCACCUCGUGGAUAUCUCUUUUCCAAUGCAGCAAAGCAGGAGGAAGAGAAGGAGGAGGAGGAGGAGGAGGAGGAGGAGGAGGAGGAGAAGGAGGAGAAGGGGGAGAAGGAGGAGGAGAAGGAGGAGGAGGAGGUGAUGUGGACGGUAAGGAACGUCGAGGUGUUGAGGAUUGCUACGCCUGGAGGUCUCUUUUCCGAGGCAGCAAUGUAACAGCCUUGGUGAUAGGUUCAGGAAUGAUCUUGUUUCAGCAAUUGACAGGUCAGCCGAGCGUGCUCUUCUACGCUGCAAGUAUAUUGGAGAAAGCCGGAUUUCAGGCCACGUCGGACGCGACGGCGGCUUCCGCUCUCAUCGGCCUUGUCAAAAUAGUCAUGACCGGAUUCUCGAUCGCCUUGGUGGACAGAGUCGGGAGGAGACCUCUCCUCCACGUCGGGAUAUCCGUCAUUCUCUUGAGUCUUCUGGUCUUGGCCGUAAGCAUCGGGGAUGGUUUGCCUUCCCACGCUCCCCGUGUCGGAGAUGGCGGUCAUAUGGCUGCUGCUGCCGCUGCUAUAGUAGGAGGAGGAGGAGGAGAUGGCAAUGCUAUGGCGUCUGCUUCUACUGCUGCUAUAGGAGGAGGAACAGGAGGAGGAGGAAUAGGAGGAAGAGGAGGAGGAGGAGGAGGAGGAGGAGAUGCCAAUGCUAUAGCUUCUGCUUCUACUGCUGCUAUAGGAGUAGGAGGAGGAGGAGGAGGAGGAGGUGGUUCUCCUAUCGUUUGUGUCAUUGCUCUGUUGUUUUACGUUGGUGGAUAUCAACUGUCCUUCGGUCCCAUCACUUGGCUGCUAGUCUCCGAGAUCUUUCCCCUUCAAUGCCGUGGGCGGGCCCUCAGUGUCGCUUCCAUCCUUAAUUUCCUUGUCCAUACUAUCGUGACGAUGGGGAUCCCGACUCUACAGGAGAAGUUAGGGACUCGUACGAUGUUCUUUGGCUUCGCUGUCUUCACGGCGGCCUCGUUGAUCUUCGUCUCUCUGAUAGUUCCCGAAACUGCCGGACUCACCCUUGAGGAAAUCGAGUUGGAUAUGGGCAAAACUGACCCCUCCUCCUUAGACGAUAACGACAAAACUGAUCAAUUAUCCUCAGCGAAAAGGGAUAAAACCAACCCCAUAGUAUGCUCAAGGUCAAGUGAGAGAAGAAUGUGGCCUCCAUGAAAAAUUGGACCUAUGCAGAGAAGAUUACCAUGGCUCACGGCGCAAGGAUGACACAGACAGAUGGAGAAAUGCGGCCUGCUUUUCUGGUCGGGAUGGGCUGCUAACAUGUUAAUAGGCUCUGCUGGUCUGGUCGGGAUGGUUUGCUAACAUGUUAAUAGGCUCUGCUGGUUAGUGAGUGGCACGUAGGGGUAGAAUGUAGGGGGGUGUAAGUAGUAAGGAGCGGGGAUGAAGGGGGUGUAAAGGAGAGCUCACCUGGUCACUUCGUGCGGUCAUAUACAUCCAGGCCUGGCCAUAAAUGUUGCCGGAGUUGAUGGGUUGCUGUUCGCUGUAGGGCAGGUGGAUUCCACCCAGCACUCCGGGGGCCAUGUCCCACCUGCAUCGUUGAAUUAGCUCAACGUUGAGUUCUCUAUCAGGUGUGGCAUGGCACGACCUCUGAGAUGCAUCCCAUCUAUCCGAUCUCCCUGACUUCCAUCCAGCGGUUCGUUUUGUAGAUGGAAAUGUAAUUUCGUUUUUUUCUGACUUUUUCAUUGCUUUAGAAAAAAGGAGAAAUUUUUGAUUCCCGAAUACAACACCCCCCUAGCCUAGCCCUUUUCCCGUUGAGCUAGCUAGCUCAACGGACGUUGACCCACCAUUACUACCGCCUCGUGGGAGGACACUCUGAGAGACAAGGGAGUGCACUCUGACAGACGUGGAAGGACAAUCUCACAGAGGUGGGAGGACACUUGGACAGACUUGGGAGGCACUCGUUUUUCUUUUAUUUGGGUGGUCAAUGCACAUAGCCAGGAAGACCGUCCACGUUCGUUCCACGCUGUAUUGAGAGUUCGGUAUUCUUAGGAGAGUUUCACUCGAGAAGAUUCGUUUUCUCCUUUCUACUUUCUAAUAGAUAUGGACAAAAGCGGAUUGGCCCGCUUUCUUUCUCCAUUUGACAUUUUAGUUCUCCUUUCUACUUUCUAAUAAAUAUGGACAAAAGCG